AUGAGCAGCAUACAACAACUUCCUACACACAACAUUUCAUUCACAACUUUCAAACUGAAUGGUUUCCAUGAUUUGGGUGAAUGGCGCCCCAUUCUAUUCUUUCCCUAUCUUUUAAUAUUUUUGUUGUCUACCACUUCAAACUCCAUUCUAAUAUUUUUACUUAUAUCUCAGAAAGCUCUGCACUCCCCAAUGUUUGUAUUAAUUGGUCUUAUGGCUGUGGUUGACCUGUGUUGGCCAGUAAUUUUUGUACCAAAUAUGUUGCUGAGCUUUUUAUUUAACUGGAAUGGGAUUUCACUUUUGGGCUGUUUGAUACAGAUGUUUUGUCUUCAUUGUGUUGGUACAUUUCAGUCUACUUUACUACUUUGGAUGGCUCUGGAUCGGUUCUUUGCUAUAUGCAGACCACUUUAUUAUCACAAAUAUAUGCAAAUGCCCAACUUUCUAAAGUUUAUUAUUGUGCCAGUGAUCAGGAAUGUAAUCUUGAUUACUACAAUGGUUUCUUUGGCUGGAAAAUUGCAAUUUUGUAUAACAAAUGUGAUAGAUCACUGUUUUUGUGAGCACAUGGCGUUGGUUCAGUUGGCAUGCGGCGAUAUUUCUAUUAACAACUUGAUUGGACUUUUGACUGCUUUUCUAAUACCAACUGGAGAUUUUGUUUUUAUUACUGUGUCUUAUAUAAUAAUCUUUUCUUCUGUCAUAAAAUCAGGGAAGGCCCACUUGAAGGCUAUUAACACAUGUGUUACGCAUGUACUUGUUAUCACAAGUAGUUUGGUAUUUACCUUGAUGGCUUUUUUGUCAUACAGAAUAAGAAACAGUUUUUCUCCCAACAGCCGUAUUUUUAUAAGUACAAUGUACGUACUUUUUUCAAGCUGUUUCAACCCAAUUAUCUAUGGAAUAAGAACAAAAGAAAUAAGAGAACAUUUUCUGAAAUUCGUGAAUCAUGUGAAGACUGUACCACAGUAA